UGGCUGAAUGAGCUAAUUGGCUGUAUACAGCAACACUGGUUCGCUCGUAGAUUAAAUCACAGUGAAAUGUUUCAUGAAGGGAAAUGAGAACAGUCUUCGGCUGUAGUUCUUGCAUCGAUCAAAAAACGUAGCUACAGUAAAACGUGAGAUGGAGUAAAUGUUAGGGCUAAUUAAGUAAUUAAGGUCAAAAGUUCACAUGAAAACCAGAAACAGAUAUGGCCCUCGUUACCCACCACCGUUUUAGAGGCGUGUAACAAUACCACGUCUGGCCACGAUGAUACAGACAAAGGCCACUUUAGCAAUGGCACCCUGUGCUACACCACAGUAGACAUACAGAGAGGAACACAGCGUGUUCUCCCGUGAAUAACUGUCUAUCAAACAUUGUGCUGAAACGCUGUAUCACUUUGUAUCAAAAACGCAAUUCGGCUGCCUGCUGAAAUGAUCUCUUUGCAGACACGGUUAAAUGGUUUGAUGUUUAAUUAAGCCCAAUUACUGUGUCUGUGGGUCAUGAAAAGUGCAUAAAUGAACGUUUUUACUCGGUUAAUACUUUAUGAGACACAAGACUAAGGUCCAUGAAUUCCACCAGGCCAGUGCACACGCUCUUGUUUUUAUACUUUUAGUUUUCCUUCCGGUCUGCGCUUUUAUUUUUGGACAAGGUCCGUAAACAAGGAAGUGAAAUGGGGUAAAAAGCAGGCGAAACCGGUUAUUUGAACAGUAACUCAAAGGCUCUUCAUAUCUGGGAAAUAAAGCGUUUUCACCAUGAGUCAUCAAAUGCAGGAGCCGCGCCACCCCAGUCCUGGCUGCGGCAGGCAGCCUCAGUGAUCCUCUCACCGCUCAACGGGGCAUACUGUAGUGUGCAGGAGCCACGGACAACAGACAAAAAGCACACUAAAACACAGCAUGUUGAAAAGAAAUAUAGAGCAAUAAAAAUCUAAGAAAUAAAAAUAAGGGUUUUGAGGAGUGGCCUACCUUUAAUUCAGACUGUGACAUGCGUCAGACAAGGGUAUGGCUCAGUGAGUUUAAUAUGAAUCUGAUGGAGAACUACAGGGAAAAACAAACAAGAACAACUGCAUUUAGACACCUGUCUGUUUGGGGAAAGAAUUAUGUGAGAAUUGAGAUUUCAUUUUCCUUUUCAUUUGUUGAUGUCAAUGGAAAAAAAAAACCAAGCCCAUUAAAGCCCCGUGUCCUUACACUGCAAAAGUAGGGAACUAUGGGAUAUCAACUUUUUGUAAACAGAAAAGACCUGUUGCCAGAGACAGGAGGUAUAAGAACAGUCUGUUUCGUCCAUCUGGACUCAUCAUUUUGCGUACAGUCUUGGGCGCAGCCAGCAUCCUGUCUGGUCUUCAGCACCCUGAAAUGGUCUUUGCUUACACAGUGAGUCCUGGGAGGCCGUCCCACACAUUCAUCAGCUUACCGAAAUUUAACUGCCAUCCCAUUUCCUCCUGCGCCCUCUCGCUCUGCUCAGAGAGAUGAACUCGGCUGGGUGUGGGGAGGCUGUGGAACACCGUUAAAGCCAGGCGGUCUCCUGGAAACACCAAGACAUUCCAGAGUCACCAAAACAGGAAGAGCUCGGGGGACUCGAACUCUAUGGCUGAACCGUGAUGGCGAGUAAGGACUUACCCAAAGACAGCUGCAUGCAACUGGACGAGACCCUCCAGAGGACCUUCCUUCCGGUCAUGUAUGGCAUCAUCUUCAUCGUGGGCUUCCUGGGGAACAUCACCUGCAUCUUCGUCUACGUGACUAAGAUGCGUCCGUGGAAGAGCAGCAGCAUGGUGAUGCUGAACCUGGCGGUGACUGACCUCAUGUACGUGCUGAGCCUGCCCUUCCUGGUCCUGCACUACAGCAGGCCCGACGUCCUGCCCCUCGACAACUUCCUGUGCUACGUGGUGCGCGUCGCCUUCCACUUCCACCUGUACGCCAGCAUCCUCUUCCUCACCUGCAUCAGCGCGUUCCGCUACGUGGCGGUGGUGCACCCUCUGAGGUCCGCCCGGCUGCAGCAGAGGAAGUGGGGCGUGGCCUCCUGCCUGGCGGUUUGGGGGCUCUCCGCUCUAGAGAUGCACCCCAUGCUCGACACCAUCACCUUGGACCUGAACGGCACCAGGAUAUGCCCGGACUUUGCCAGCAGCAGGUCAGAGAAGCUGGUCCUGUACAACUGGCUGCUGACGGUGCUGGGCUACCUGCUCCCCUUGGUGGCGGUGGUGCUGUGUUACGCGCGCGUGGCUCGGGCCCUGAGCGUGGGGCCGUACCCCCGGACGCCGUCGAGGGCACGGGCCCGCAGGAUGAGCGUGGCGGUGCUGGCGGUUUUCGCGGUGAACUUCACCCCGUACCACGCCCUGCGCAUGCUCAGGGUAUACACGCGGGACAGCCAGAACUGCACGCUGAGGGAGGGCGCCAACACCGCCUACAUCCUGUUCCGCCCCCUGGCCGCAUUCAACGCCUGCCUCAACCUGCUGCUGUACACGCUGGCCGGGGGGAGGCUCCACCAGGCCCUCUGCGGCCUCCUGCCCAGAGAGCUCUCCAACAGGCUGAGGCUCGCGUCACCAAGGUAGCUAUUGCCACGGCAGCCGUCACCACAGCGACUGUGGACUAUGGCACCUAGAGGGUCUUGCUGAGGGACAGCUGGAGGACUCUGAUGCAUCUUUGUCAUGGGCGCAAUCCCUCAAAGAUAUGCUAUCUCCACAGUUACACAUAUCUCCACAUAUCUCUCAGUUACGGACACAAUCCGCAAAAGAUUGGCUACCUGCAUAGAUGCUUCUCUGUCACAGACACUUUCCCUCUUCACAGAUACAACUUUCAUACACAGACAGAGCUUGUACUAUUUACUCAUUCACACACAAAGCUGAUACUCUUAUCCAAAGCAAAUCGUAGGCUGCUGCCUAUUAUACGCACACACACAAGUAUAUAUACAUAUGCGUGCACAUGCGUGCACAGACACACACACAAACAAAUUACUGGUGGAAAUCAGUGGGAACACUGCUCAUGCAGUCCUCCGGGUGGCAGUCUGGCUGUGGAAAAAGCCUAUUUGUUAAAUUAUGCCAUUAGGACCUUGUGGGUUUGAAUACAUCUGUCAUUGAAUAAACAUUUAUUCCAGCCUCCACAGUGCACCACAGUACACCUCCAGCAUAAUGAAAUCUAGCCCAGUGCUAAUCACAAGUGAGAUUAUACAGGUCAUGUGACUUUUGUCAACAGUAACUCUCCCAGGGGAACCUGUAUAAAUCAGGGAACUUGGGGAUCUUAAUGUAAAAUAUAAUCAACAAAUCAAGCAAUGUUUUCAUAUAUCGCAUACUUAGUAAGUAACAAAAUUGAUAAUUUUGUCCUUUUUGUUGAAAUAAUAAACUGGAAAAGGAAAGUAGUGAGGCAAACA